UCUGUUGUAAUUCAAAGUUUUCUGUAGCAUAAAGAAGCUAUAUGGGAUAGAUUUUGUUUUUGAUUUCAACUUCGUUUGAGUUAGGUUAUCUAAGAGGGAAUUUCUAUUGUGUAGCAUUCACUUUGGUCUUAAAGCAAAUGAAGUUCCAACAAGUUCAAAUAUCUGCAGGAGUAUAAAGAUUUAGCUCAAAAGUUGAAUGGUAUUGUACCUCCCACAAAACCAUGUCAGGUACUCAAAUACGAGGUAUAAGUUUAUAACUGAAACCCCUUGCUAAUUAUCGCUAUAACCUUACUAACAACCUGUUACUAUUCCCUAGAUAUCCAUUACUAUUAUUAUUAUUAUUAUUAUUAUUAUUAUUUUGACAACAUGUUGAGUGAAGAAAUCAAACCUUUGACUUCAAAGUUAUAGUACAAACAAUAUGUCAAUUAAACUAUGUUCCGGAGAUCGAUAAAACCGCAAAGACAAUUGUUGAUCAUAGCUUCCUAGAUUGAACUGUUGAUCAUUCUCCUUUUGAGGAUCUACAGUUCAAUCUAUCAUGUAGUUCCAUCGAAUUGAAACUUCUGGUUAUGUCAAAAAUCACUAACUGCAGCAUUACAGCAUGUAACAUGCAUUAAAAGAAAGUAGUGAACUUUUGUGUAGCAUGGUUCAUGUGUAGUGCUCUUGUUCAUGUUUCUUUUUGUAAUCUUGGCAUGUUUAUUAUGGAAGCAAGUGAAGUAAGGAGCAAAUCUUCUGAUAAUGAAACAAAGAAUAAUGUAUGAUUAGGUAAUUUAUACCUGCUCUUUUCCGGUAUAAAUUUGUAAAUGAAAAUGAUCAAAAAGCUAAGUGUUAGCACAUUGCUAUGCUAAGUGAUAGUUGAUUCUUGAACUUUCAAGAAUGAAAAGAAGUAGAGAAAGAACUUCAGAAUUUUAUUCUUGAAAAAUCCCAUCUCUUCAGCAUUUAUGGUUGAUUUUGUUUCAAGCAAAGCAUCCAAUCCAGAAAGAAAGUAGCCUGCACAUUCUUCUAAGUGACAGUUGAUUCUCUUCCAAAGGGUAUCUGAAAAGACUAAUAUUUUGUGAAAUAUUAUUUCUUCCUUAAGCUUCUCAAGGUCUCUACCACUUAUCAGCCCAUUGCUAAUGGUGCCAUAAUCCCAGUUAAGUAGAGUAAAAAUCAAGAGUCAUUUUUGUUAUAUUCUUCUGUGCUAACUGCAUUUUCUCUUGAAAAAAUGUCAUCAACAAUGAGGGAAACUUCUAGAUUAGCCGAGGCCUCAAUUAACGGUAUCGUCCGACGGAUGGUUAAUCUUCCAAGAAGCAUAUUAGGAGGAUUUUCAAGAGUUAUGAAUGGAGGAAGAAGAAACCGAACUUUGCCAUCCAGUUACCAAUAUCAAAUUCUGCAGCAGGACACACCUUAUGUCCCGGAAGAAUGGUCUUUCCUGACCAGUUUCCAAUACCAAUCACCCAUUCACACCCUCUUUCUGCGAGGACACAUUGUGUUCAGAGCUAGUAGUGCAGUUUCUUGAUGCUAAUUUCAUAUGUUGGGGAGCACUUGCAAACAGAGGAGAAGGUUUACAGAUGGCUAUAACAUUAGGAGCUACCAGUUUCCCAUUCUGUGCCGUGAUUGCUCCGGCUCCAGGCGAAAGUAUAACAGUCCUUCAACAGCUUGAAGGGCCACUUUCUCCAGCUGAUUUGGUGGAGAUUCUACAAAGAACACUGGAGGAACAGGGAUCAGCUUUUGGUAGCUCCAAACUGAAGCGAGAAGAAAAGAUAAAAGCAGAUCGAAGGAUAAGAGAAGAGCAAGACAAAGCAUAUCUUGCUGCUCUUAAACAAGAUAAGGAGAGGGAAAGACUUAAAAAUCCACCUCUGGUGUUGCCUAAGAAAGCAAUGGAUGAGAGGCUCAAACAGAAUUCUCCAAUUAAACAGCAAGGUAGAGUGAAAGAAACUACGUUUACUCGUGAAACUCCGAACAAGGAUCCUGCAAAUAAAGGAAAAGAUUCUCAUCCAAGCUCUCAGAUACUAAUAAGGUUUCCAAACGGUGAAAAGAGAGAGAGAAGGUUUUCAAGCAUGGACAAGGUGAAAUCAAUCUACAGUUAUGUUGAUUCGCUCGGCCUGCCGGGUACUGAAAACUAUAGAUUGAUAGCAAGCUUCCCAAGAAGGGUAUAUGGUACCGAUGAGAUGAAUAUGACACUGAAAGAUGCUGGCCUUCACCCAAGAGCAAGUCUGUUUUUGGAGUGUCAAUGAUGUAAUUUACUUUCAUAAUCACCAUAGUUUAGCAAUGAUAAGACCUGAUCUUAUUUUGAUCCUGUUUAGCAACUACUUUGCAGCAUAAGUAACCAGCAAAGCUUAUUGAA